AUGAAGCCAUGGCUGCUACCUGCCCUGGUUGCCUCUGCCUGGGCUAGCUCCGCCGACUCCCAGCUCGCUGAAGAUGUGCUCCACGACAAGAAUGUGGACGCUUGGACAACCUCCUCGCAAUUCAAGAUCGACUUGGUCAGUUUGUUCAACAGCUCGCGCAACGAAACGGUGCUGGAAGUUGGCGCGCAUCUCGGGCACUGUACCCGUGUCCUGUCGAGGCUGUUUGGGACGGUCCUCGCCCUGGAGAACUCUGCGCAAGUUCUGAAGAGCAACGCGGCCCGCAACGAGGACUUGCGGAACGUGGUGUAUCUCAAGUUCCACAGCGUCAUGGACGACUGGGGCUUGUUUUCCAACACGCCCAUCCAUGCAGUUUUCAUCGACGCCGCGCAUGACUACGGCAGCGUGCGCAGCGACCUCCAACGCACCCUUGCUCUGCCUCAUGUGCGGACCAUCGUGCUGGAUGACUAUGGAACCACUGCCGGGGUCCAUAGGGCGGUCGACGAGGCCGUAGCGGCUGGUUUGGUAAAGGUCCGGUCCUUCAUCGGCCGGGCUCCGCCAUGGUCGUAUGACGGGAGCCGCAUCAGCGACUGGGAGGGCAUUGUGUUGGAGCCUUUGCCCCAAGCACCGGCAGAGCAGCCCAGCCUGGAAAGCUCGAUGCUGGGAUCCUCCUGGGUGGUGUACCCGGCGGGGGUUUUCACCACGGGGUACUUCACGCCCCACGGCUUGAUCAGCCUGGACAAGCCCCAUGAGGCCAGCAGCUCAUACGGCCCCAUGGAGUGGCGACAGCUGACGGCCCAGGAGGCCGAGGGGCAGGAGGUGCUGGUGCUUCAGCUCACGGAGGCUCCACACUGGCGUUUCCAGGCGACCGUCACCGAAGCGAGGACUGGUAUGGCGCUCUUCCGUGACGAUGGCGUGGUCUUGGUCGCGGUUCCGCAGACCAUGAUGCGUGUCAUCGGCGACAAGCUCUUGAGCUUCCUUCAUUGA